UUCAUUCAUUUGUGUAUGUGGCAGCUGUGGGUGCAUUAAUCGUAGUUUUUUCCUUACAAAUAAAAAUUGAAACAAUUACCUAAUUUUUCUUCAUGUAGAAGUAAAAUUAAAUAGCCGCGAUAUCUGAAGAUCGCUCGAUAGCUUCCUUGGUAUAGUUAAAAUAAAGGGAAUUAGCAACCAUGGCUCAACCACUACCUAUACGUUUUCAAGAGCAUUUACAGCUCACAAACAUUGGCAUUAAUCCGGCGUCCAUCUCCUUCAACACCCUGACGAUGGAGUCGGACAAAUUCAUCUGUGUCCGUGAGAAAGUUGGUGACACCUCGGAGGUGGUCAUCAUUGACAUUGGGGACCCCACGAACCCCAUCAGGCGGCCGAUCAGCGCAGACUCUGCUAUCAUGAACCCGGCCAGCAAGGUUAUCGCACUCAAGGGAAAGGCAGGGGUGGAAGCAGCCCAAAAGACCCUCCAAAUAUUCAACAUCGAGAUGAAAUCAAAGAUGAAAGCGCACACCAUGACAGAGGAUGUAGUGUUCUGGAAGUGGAUCUCUCCGAACACGCUCGCGCUAGUGACCAAAAUGUCCGUCUACCAUUGGUCUAUGGAAGGGGACUCGACGCCCGUGAAAAUGUUCGAUCGGCAUUCAUCGCUCGCUGAGUGCCAGAUCAUCAAUUACAGGACUGACCCGAAGCAGCAGUGGUUACUGUUAGUUGGUAUAUCCGCGCAACAGAACCGCGUGGUGGGCGCUAUGCAGCUGUACUCUGUGGAACGCAAGUGCUCGCAGCCGAUCGAGGGGCACGCGGCAUCGUUCGCGACGUUCAAGGCGGAGGGCAACGCGGAGCCCUCCACGCUGUUCUGUUUCGCAGUGCGUACGGCGCAAGGGGGAAAAUUGCAUAUCAUCGAGGUGGGGCAGACGCCAGCCGGUAACCAACCAUUCCAAAAGAAAGCGGUUGAUGUGUUCUUCCCAGCUGAAGCGCAGAACGAUUUCCCGGUAGCGAUGCAAGUGUCGCCCAAAUACGAUGUUAUUUACCUUAUCACGAAGUACGGCUACAUUCACAUGUACGACAUCGAGACCGGAACAUGCAUCUAUAUGAACCGCAUCUCAUCUGACACCAUAUUUGUGACUGCGCCUCAUGAAGCCACUGGCGGAAUUAUUGGUGUGAACCGCAAGGGCCAAGUGCUCUCGGUAACUGUGGAAGAAGACUCCAUAGUGCCAUACAUCAACAAUGGCCUGCAGAACCCAGAGCUGGCACUCCGUAUGGCCGUGAGGAACAACCUGGCUGGUGCUGAAGAACUGUUUGUCAGGAAGUUCAACAUGCUGUUCACUAAUGGACAGUAUGGGGAAGCUGCGAAGGUGGCAGCAAUGGCGCCCCGCGGCAUCCUGCGCACGCCGCAGACGAUCCAGCGCUUCCAGCAGGUGCCGACGCAGCCGGGGCAGACGUCGCCGCUGCUGCAGUACUUCGGCAUCCUGCUGGACCAGGCGCAGCUCAACAAGUUCGAGUCGCUCGAGCUGUGCCGCCCCGUGCUGCUGCAAGGUCGCAAACAACUUCUCGAGAAGUGGUUGAAGGAAGAGAAGCUGGAAUGUUCGGAAGAGCUCGGAGACCUGGUGAAGCAGGUGGACCCAACUCUAGCCUUAUCGGUGUAUCUUCGCGCCAAUGUGGCGAGUAAAGUAAUUCAGUGCUUCGCUGAGACUGGACAGUUUCAGAAAAUUGUGCUUUACGCUAAGAAGGUUGGCUACACACCCGACUACAUCUACCUCCUGCGCUCCGUAAUGCGCACGAGCCCGGAACAAGGCGCCGGCUUUGCGGGCAUGCUGGUGGCUGAAGAGCCUCCUCUUGCUGAUAUCAACCAGAUUGUGGACGUGUUCAUGGAGCAGAACAUGGUACAGCAGUGCACUGCGUUCCUGCUGGACGCGCUCAAGAACAACCGCCCUGAGGAGGGACCUUUGCAAACACGUCUCCUCGAAAUGAACCUAAUGUCCGCCCCCCAAGUGGCUGACGCAAUCCUCGGCAACGGCAUGUUCACGCACUACGACCGCGCGCACGUCGCGCAGCUGUGCGAAAAGGCGGGGCUGUUGCAACGGGCCUUGGAACAUUAUACUGAUCUUUAUGAUAUUAAGCGGGCUGUGGUUCACACGCACUUGCUGUCCGCUGACUGGCUCGUCAACUACUUCGGAACCCUCUCUGUGGAGGACUCGCUCGAAUGCCUCAAGGCGAUGCUCCAAGCGAACAUUCGCCAGAACUUGCAGAUUUGCGUACAGAUUGCCACCAAGUACCAUGAGCAAUUGACAACCAAAGCACUGAUUGAACUGUUCGAGAGCUUCAAGACGUAUGAGGGUUUGUUCUAUUUCCUCGGAUCUAUUGUAAACUUCAGCCAGGAUUCGGAAGUUCACUUCAAGUAUAUACAGGCGGCAUGCAAAACCGGUCAGAUCAAAGAGGUCGAGCGCAUUUGCCGCGAGUCGAACUGCUACAACGCAGAGCGUGUCAAGAACUUCCUCAAGGAAGCGAAGCUGCCCGACCAGUUGCCACUGAUCAUUGUGUGCGACAGAUUCGACUUUGUGCACGAUCUAGUGCUCUACCUGUACAGGAACAGCCUGCAGAAGUACAUCGAGAUUUAUGUGCAAAAGGUGAACCCAUCACGUCUGCCAGUGGUUGUCGGUGGUCUCUUGGACGUGGACUGCGCUGAGGACAUCAUCAAGAACUUGAUCCUCGUAGUGCGCGGCCAGUUCUCCACUGAUGAACUUGUGGCCGAAGUUGAGAAGAGGAAUAGAUUGAAGCUCCUCCUACCUUGGUUGGAAACACGUGUGCAUGAAGGCUGCACUGAGCCGGCCACACAUAACGCGCUCGCCAAGAUCUACAUCGACUCCAAUAAUAACCCUGAGAGAUUCCUCAAGGAGAAUCAAUGGUACGACUCGCGCGUGGUGGGGCGGUACUGCGAGAAGCGCGACCCGCACCUCGCGUGCGUGGCGUACGAGCGCGGGCAGUGCGACCGCGAGCUGAUCGCGGUGUGCAACGACAACUCGCUGUUCAAGACGCAGGCGCGCUACCUCGUGCGCCGCCGCGACCAGGAGCUGUGGCUCGAGGUGCUCGCCGAGGCGAACCCCUUCAAGCGACAGCUCAUCGACCAGGUGGUGCAAACAGCUCUAUCCGAAACCCAAGACCCGGAAGAUAUCUCGGUGACAGUGAAGGCGUUCAUGACGGCCGACCUGCCGAACGAACUCAUUGAACUGCUGGAGAAGAUCGUGCUCGACAACUCUGUGUUCUCCGACCACAGGAAUCUGCAGAACUUGCUUAUCCUUACUGCUAUAAAGGCCGAUCGUACCCGCGUCAUGGAGUACAUCAACCGUUUGGACAACUACGACGCACCAGAUAUCGCCAACAUCGCGAUCAACAACGAACUGUACGAAGAGGCUUUUGCUAUUUUCAAGAAGUUCGAUGUUAACACCUCCGCUAUUCAAGUACUAAUCGAGCAAGUGAAAGACCUAAAACGCGCGUACGAAUUCGCCGAGCGUUGCAACGAGCCGGGCGUUUGGUCACAAUUGGCCAAGGCUCAGCUCCAACAGGGCCUGGUGAAGGAAGCCAUCGACUCGUACAUCAAGGCUGACGAUCCCUCCGCGUACAUGGAUGUGGUCGCUACGGCCAGCGCUCAGCAGUCGUGGGAGGAUCUCGUGCGGUACUUGCAGAUGGCACGCAAGAAGGCGCGCGAAUCUUACAUCGAAUCAGAACUUAUAUACGCAUACGCUCGCACGGGCCGUCUCGCAGACCUCGAGGAGUUCAUCUCGGGACCGAACCACGCGGACAUACAGAAGAUUGGAGACCGGUGCUUUGAUGAUAAGAUGUACAACGCGGCUAAAUUGUUGUACAAUAAUGUCAGCAACUUUGCCCGCCUCGCUAUCACGUUGGUGCACUUGAAGGAGUUCCAAGGCGCGGUGGACAGCGCGCGCAAAGCGAACUCGACGCGCACGUGGAAGGAGGUGUGCUUCGCGUGCGUGGACGCGGGCGAGUUCCGGCUCGCGCAGAUGUGCGGCCUGCACAUCGUCGUGCACGCUGACGAGCUAGAGGAUCUGAUCAAUUACUACCAGGACCGAGGCCACUUCGACGAAUUGAUCAGUCUUCUGGAAGCAGCGUUGGGUCUGGAGCGUGCUCACAUGGGCAUGUUCACUGAGCUGGCCAUCCUCUACUCGAAAUACAAGCCAGCCAAGAUGAGGGAGCAUCUCGAACUGUUCUGGUCCAGGGUUAACAUUCCCAAGGUGCUCCGCGCAGCAGAACACGCGCACUUAUGGUCGGAGCUAGUGUUCCUGUACGACAAGUACGAGGAGUACGACAACGCGGCGCUCACCAUGAUGCAGCACCCCACGGAGGCAUGGCGAGAAGGCCACUUCAAGGAUAUUAUCACUAAAGUAGCCAACAUGGAACUCUACUACAAAGCUAUCCAAUUCUACCUGGACUACAAACCCCUCCUCCUCAACGAUCUGCUCCUGGUUCUUGCUCCAAGAAUGGACCACACUCGAGCGGUGAACUUCUUCACGAAGGCUGGACACUUGCAACUUGUCAAGGCGUACCUGAGAUCGGUGCAGAGUUUGAACAACAAGGCGGUGAAUGAAGCACUCAACUCGCUGCUUAUUGACGAAGAGGAUUAUCAGGGAUUACGCACAUCGAUAGACGCGUUCGACAACUUCGACACAAUCGCGUUGGCGCAACAAUUGGAGAAACACGAGCUCACCGAAUUCAGACGAAUUGCAGCCUACUUAUACAAAGGCAACAACAGAUGGAAGCAGAGCGUGGAACUGUGCAAGAAGGACGCCCUGUACGCGGACGCGAUGGAGUACGCGUCUGAGUCGCGCCAACCAGAGGUGGCUGAGGAGUUGCUCGACUGGUUCCUCGAGAGGAAGAACUAUGAGUGCUUCUCUGCUUGUUUGUACCAGUGCUACGACCUUUUGAAACCCGACGUCGUCAUCGAGCUGGCAUGGAGGCACAACAUCAUGGACUUUGCCAUGCCCUUCCUUAUUCAGACUGUACGCGAAUUAACGACGAAAGUGGAGAAACUAGAGGAAGCCGACGCUAAGCGCAGCACGGAGAGCGCUGAACACGAAGCCAAGCCAGCCAUGAUUAUGGAACCACAACUAAUGCUUACUGCUGGUCCAUCAAUGGCGUACCCAGGUGUAGCGGCGCAGGCUUCCCCGUACGCGUACGCGGCGCAAGCUCCCUCACCGGCGCCCUACCACGGGUACGGCAUGUAGGGCUCGCCCGCCCCCGCCUGGGGGAACUACGCGCGCUUCUAAUGGAGCCCCGCGCUCAACGGGCCGCCUGCAACCUGCCACCAUAUACUAGUGCUUGAAGAGAUACAGUGCAUAUAAGUUUGAAGUAAAUACAGUGCGACAACUAGUGUGUUUCAAUAGUGUAUUGAAAAUCUACUUGUCAGUUUGCAGAAAUGUGUUCAAUUCAGUGAUGUGAUGAAAGUGCUAAUGUUUCAUUCAGUGAUUAAAAUUAUAACUUCAUUGUUUUCAAAUUAUGGAAUACGAGAAAUAGGUUCAGGUUGCUAUGUGUAGGUUGCAGGGUAUAUAUUGCCUGUUAAGACAAAUGUUGCUUGCAUCAUUUUCAUGGACUGGUCUGGGACCGCAUGUCCCUCGCUUGCAUAAUGUUAAAUGCAUAUAUGCAAGUGGUUUUGUUGACUGUAGAGCAGAUAAGAGAAGUUUCGUAAAUAUUCUAAUGACUAUAACAUAGCCAAUUUCUAGUUCAACUAUGUUUUCAAUCGGAGUUGUCAGAUUGUCCAGAUUUUCAUUUAAAAAUAGUUAUCAGCUAUUUAUUUGACAUUUUCAUUAAAUUUAUUUAUUGCAUACACAUAGGUUUAAUUUAAGUAAUUAACAAUCUUAAGACAAGAUAAAACCAAUAUAUUGAAAUCUGGCAACUCUGAAUAUACCAAUAUUGCAAUAAAUGUUUUGUCGGAAUGGAUAGGUAUACUAUGCCUAGGGCUUUGUCUAUAAUAUACUAUAUCGUGUUGCGGUUAACAUUAGACAAAUUACAUUAUAACUGUCUAUAAAAUAUGUUGUCCAUACAUUUUCGAUUGUAUAAUUGUAUCUUGGGUACAUUGUUUCAUUUGCUGAUGGCCUAAAUAAGUGCAACUUAACAAUUAUCGUCGAAAAUGCAUUGAUGUUAGAUUUUUGGACUGAUUCUAUUAAACAUCGGUCUGUACAAAGUUCUUAUGUAUUUCUGUAGAUGUUAACAUAAGAACAUAAUAAAUUAUUAGCGUUGAAGAGAUUCUUGAUUCACUACAUUGGUACACUCAGUAUUUUGAUUAUAUUUCAUUUCAAUGUUGGAAUCUCGACAUCGCAAACCUAUGUAUGUGCACUAUAGCUUUUGAGCAAUUAAAAAUUAUGCUGCAUCAAUUUAAUAUAUUUUUUCAUGUCAUUAUAAACUUAAAACAACAUUCUCGCAAUUAAUGUUUUUCAGUAGAAGUAAUAUUCUAACUAAGGUGCAUAUAUAUAAAGAUAAAAGCUAUAUUACAGCUGUAAUAUUUCUAAUAUUGUUGUCCGUAAAAUAUAAUUACAUAUUAAUAAUAAAAAUGAUUAUGAUAACCUUUAAUCUCGUAGAACUAGUAAAUAUUAGAGGAACAAAGAACUAUAUUUGAAACUAAUGUUUUAGAUCGACAGGCCUCAAAUAGCAGUUUAGUGCAAUAAUUGGAUCAAGUGUUAAGCUUCAGUGUUUAAAUUAACAUUUAUUGUUCAUCAAUACUUAUGUACAAAAGAUUUAAAAUUUGUUUCAAAAGUUGAAUUUAUUGUUAUAUGUAUAUAAUGCUUACAAAUUAGUCGAUGCGCAUAUUUAUGAAAUUAAUACGAAAUUUAUCACAUGGGAUUAAUUAUGAAAGUAUGAUGGUAAAAUAUUUAGGUAUGAAUAGGUUUAGAGUAGGCGGAGUUAGCGGUAUGUCGUUAUAAUUUGAAUUAAUUAUUGAUUACGUUUGCGUUUGUGUGCGAGUAUUGUUUUGGCACGCGGUCAUGCGUUGCGCGUUGUAUCACACCUGUAAUGCCUUCACUAGUUAAUGUAAGACAUAUUCAUCCAGUGAUAUGACUGGAAUCAAAUAUUGUUUAUGAGUGCAUUUUUUAUUGCUUAAAUUAAACAAAAAAUACACAAUUCAUAUAACUCACAAUUAUAAAAUUAUAAUGUGAUUUAUUAGUUGAUGCUAAUUUCAUAAUUCAAAUCAUUCCUAUCAUUUUUGUUUAAAUGAGCAAUCUGUAAUAAUACUUAUUAUUAUUGUUUGUAAUAGUGAAUCAUAUUAACUUAAUGCAAAAGAAAUUUGUAGUUUUAACAUUAGUAUUGUAUUUAUUCGUGUAUAAUACUGUUUCCCUGAAUUUUAUUAUAGUAAGAAUAUAUUAUAUGAAAAAUAA